CCUUUUAAACCCUUCUGAAUUUCCGAUCGAAUUUCUGUCUGAUGAAUCACGCAAAUACAAUGUCACAUGCAUAUUUUAGUUUACUGCAUUAUUGUUGGGGUUUUCAAACAGCAUUUCAGGAAUAUUAAUGCCACGAUGUACGGUACGAAACGGAGAGAAAUAUCUUGUAAAAUACCGCAACAAUAUUUAGCUAAUUCUAGUUUACAUGGGACUAGAUAUCUGGUGGAGGAUGAUCGACAUUGGACUGAGCGAAUCUUUUGGUUCUUUGUCUGUGGAUUGUCUUGGUUUGGCUGUGCAGUAAUGAUCAAGGAGGUUUUUCUCGAUUAUCGCUAUAAUUCAGUUGAUGUAACGGUUGAUACAUUGUACUUGGAUUGGCAAGUGAAAUUUCCAAGUGUUUCAGUAUGCCCGGGAUUCUUAACUGAUGGGCAGAACAUAAUAGACACUUUUAUGAAUAAAAAAUUCAAGACGAAAGGCCAGAAAUAUAAUGCAAAGAGGCUCUUCUCUGAUCAGAAUUGGGGAUUCGUUCGUGGGUCCAAAUAUUUUGAUAAUUUAACGGGUGACGACCUGGCUGAACUUAAUGAAAAGGUCCAGAUGAAUUGUUCGGAUAUAUUCCGCAGAUGCCUCUGGAAUGGAGAACGUUUCAAUUGCUGCAACCAAUUUCAUCGAAUCAAAACAAUGAUCGGUACUUGCUUUAUACUGAACAAUUAUCAAGUUGAAUCAAAUAAAGAAACAACAAUGGACUUUAUGAUGAAUAGAACAACAGGCGCAGGAGAACUGGACAUAGAAUUUAAUUCAAAACUCACCCAAUACAAUAGUUUCCUUUUAAAUAACUACGAGAUACCUACGACUACCAAUCCAAACGAUGGCAACAGUAUACAAGGAAUGAAAGGAAUCAGACACGUUGGGUUCACGCUUCAAGAUGUCGAAAAUGUAGCUGGCAUGGAAAACGUAGCCAUACAUCAACGGAAGUGCCGUUUCCCAUGGGAAAAUGAGGAUCUAGUAUUUUACAAAUUGUAUAAUUACAACGCGUGUAUUUCGGAAAUCUGGAUCAAGCGGAUGAUUGAAUAUUGUGGAUGCGUUGGUCACUUAUUUCCUCAUCCGCCCUGGAUGAAAGUUUGCAAUCAUUCUGAGCUAGAGUGUAUCAGUAAAGCCAAAUCUGCAAUUGUUGAUAACAUAUCAUUGAAGGGUCAAUGUAUAUCAGACUGCGAAGGAACAAUAAUUUUUAGCCACGCUAACGAUUGGAUGGAACCUACGGCUGAUAAAAAUGCUAUAAUUUUUCAUAUGCUUUCUCUACCAAGUAUACGUUACAAACGAUAUUUCACGUGCAGCUUACUUGACGUUGUUGUAUCCGUUGGAAGUGCAGCAGGACUCUUCAUGGGUGCAAGUGUAUUGAGCCUUGUGGAAAUUCCGUAUUGGCUGUUACUGCGAGGUUUCUUUCGUUAAUAACAUCUUCUAUGUUUUCUUCCUUAAGGUUGUAUAGGUACAAGCUUUGAAAGGGGUUUAAUUAUGCUUAAAUGUUUUAUGCAAAACAACUCAAUUCAUUACACCAUAUUAAUUUUAACAUAUAUCAAUGGGUAUGAAGUAGUAUGGAUCUGACAAAGGAUGCUACCGUUUUUAAAAAAACUUUUAAUCGGUAUCCCUAUAACUAAGAGUUUGAGGCUAUUUAGGUAUACGAAAGUUCGCUGAUAAUUAAGAAUUAAAAUUAAUAUACCUUAAUCUUAUUAAAAUAUCUCAAUAUACAUCAAGGCUUUGUUUGGGUUUUACCAGUGCAAACAGAUUUCACUGUGUAGACUUCC